GGAUGGAUAAUAAUGUCCACAUUAGUGGGCUGAUGAGUCGUCAUGAUGAUGAGGCUACAAGAACAUCCACCUCUGAAGGUCUGGAGGAAGGUGAAGUGGAAGGUGAAACCCUCCUGAUAGUUGAAUCUGAGGAUCAAGGUUCAGUGGAUUUAUCUCAUGAUCAAAGUGGAGAUUCCCUGAAUAGUGACGAAGGGGAUAUGUCAUGGAUGGAAGAACAGCUAUCUUACUUUUGUGAUAAAUGCCAAAAAUGGAUAUCAGCCAGUCAGCUGAGGGAACAGCUCAGUUACCUCAAAGGGGAUAACUUUUUUAGGUUUACUUGUUCAGAUUGUUCAGAGGAUGGUAAAGAGCAAUUUGAGAGGCUGAGAUUGACAUGGCAGCAAGUUGUCAUGUUGGCAAUGUAUAAUUUGUCUCUGGAAGGAACUGGACGCCAAGGUUAUUUCAGAUGGAAAGAAGAUAUCUGUGCUUUUAUUGAGAAACAUUGGACCUUUUUACUAGGAAACAGGAAAAAAACUUCAACCUGGUGGAGCACAGUAGCAGGUUGCCUUAGUGUGGGGAGCCCAGUCUAUUUCCGCUCAGGUGCUCAGGAAUUUGGAGAACCAGGAUGGUGGAAACUUGUUCAUAACAAGCCUCCAACAAUGAAACCUGAAGGAGAGAAAUUAUCUGCCUCUGCUCUGAAAGUAAAAGCCUCAAAACCAGCAUUGGAUCCCAUCAUUACAGUGGAGGGACUUAGGAAAAGAGUAAGUAGAAAUCCUGUGGAAUCUGCCAUGGAACUGAAGGAGAAGAGGUCACGAACUCAAGAAGCUAAAGACAUUAGGAGAGCCCAGAAAGAAGCAGCUGGUUUCUUGGAUAGAAGCACAUCUUCCACCCCUGUAAAAUUCAUCAGCCGAGGCCGAAGGCCUGACAUGGUUCUUGAGAAGGGAGAGGUGAUUGACUUUUCAUCCCUGAGUUCUUCUGAUCGAACCCCUUUGACAAGUCCAUCUCCUUCUCCUUCUCUGGAUUUUUCUGCUCCUGGAACUCCAGCUUCCCAUUCAGCAACUCCUAGCCUGCUAUCAGAAGCUGAUCUUAUUCCAGAUGUAAUGCCACCACAAGCCUUAUUUCAUGCACAAUUGUAUUCCAUCACAUUCAUAUGCCAUAAUUUGUUCAGCUGGUCCUCAAAUGGUGGAACAUCCCCUUGUUUUCCAAUUAUUUGCCACUACAAAAAAAAGAGCUGCUGUAAAUAUUUUUAUGAUGAAGAGAUGGAAGGAGAUGGCGUUAUAGACCCUGGAAUAGAGUAUGUCCCCCCUUCUACUGCAUCAUCAAGCUCUGGGGCCAUGGCUGGAGGGAGAAAGAAAGUCAAAGCACCUGAACAAAUCAAACAGGAAGUGGAGAGUGAGGAAGAGAAAACUGAACGGAUGGAAGCUGACAGUGAAGACACUGAAGAUUCGAGUGCAUCCUUACAAACAAGAACAAGAGAAAAGAGGAAGCCACAGCUAGAGAAAGACAGUAAACCAAAAGGUCCCAAAUACACACCAAUUAGCAUUUACGAAGAAAAACUCCUUCUGCGGAGGCUUGAGGCAUGCCCAAGUGCUGUGCUUGUGACUCCAGAAGCCAGGCGGCUAAAGCGAAAAUUGAUUGUCAGACAAGCCAAGAGAGAGAGAGGAUUACCCCUUUUUGACCUGGACCAGGUUGUUAAUGCUGCUCUUCUUUUGGUUGAUGGUAUCUAUGGAGGCAAGGAUGGAGGUGCAUCAAGAAUUCCAACUGCACAUGCCACAUACAGAACAACUUGUCAGGACUUCAGAAUCCUUGACCGUUAUCAAACUGCCUUGCCCUCCAGGAAAGGAUAUCGACACCAGACAACUAAAUUUUUGUCCCGAUUGGUAGGAUCAGAAGAUAUGGCAGCAGACCAUAGUAUUGUCAGCCCUUAUACUUCUCGAGUAUUGAAACCUUAUAUCAGGCGUGAUUAUGAGUCAAAACCUCCUAAACUUCAGCUCCUGGCUGAGAUACGUGCCUAUCUACAUAAAAAUGAUGCCAAUUGGAAACCAGAGCCUGAAGCACCGAUUGAUUACUGCUAUGUUCGCCCGAAUCACAUCCCAACAAUAAACUCUAUGUGUCAUGAAUUUUUCUGGCCUGGUAUUGACUUGUCAGAAUGCCUUCAGUAUCCAGAUUUCAGUGUUGUUGUUCUUUAUAAGAAAGUCAUCAUUGCCUUUGGCUUUAUGGUUCCUGAUGUAAAGUAUAAUGAAGCUUAUAUUUCAUUUCUAUUUGUUCAUCCUGAAUGGAGGAGAGCAGGAAUUGCAACUUUUAUGAUUUAUCAUCUCAUUCAGACCUGCAUGGGCAAGGAUGUAACCCUUCACGUCUCAGCAAGCAACUCUGCUAUGCUUCUGUACCAAAAAUUUGGAUUCAAGACUGAAGAAUAUGUCUUGGACUUUUAUGACAAAUAUUAUCCCUUGGAGAGUAAAGAGUGUAAACAUGCAUUUUUUCUGAGGCUACGUCGAUGAGUUAGACGGAAUACAUACACUGCUCAGUGGAAAUAAACCUAUGGAGUACUAGAAGGCUUUCUGCUUUGAUCCUUUUAUCACCAAGUUGUAAAAUCAGUGUGGUUAUUGAUGUUUCUGGUCAGCCUUUUAGCACAUGCUGUGGUGCUGGGUGUCCUGCCUAACAUGAUCUUGAGGGAGGCCCUAAGUCACCUAAAAAGCUAACUUGGACAUUGGGAUGAAUGGAGUGUGGAGAGCCAAUCUAAAUGAAUUUCCUAAGCUGCUUUUUGGAGAGGACUUUAGACCAACACCUUGGGACACAUGGGUACAAAAAACUGGACUGUGCAAAGAGCACUGCCUCUGCUUCACAUGGUACACAGGUUUUUUUGUAUUAAUGUUGCAUGGGACAUUCUCCAUGGGACAGACUUUAUGAAAACUUUGAGACAGUUCUAAUUGUUAAGUAUACAUUCUUCAUGUUGAGCUGAAAUCCUCUCAAUGUUACUUUGUAAAAUCUGUGCCCUCUGGGCCCAGCAGAAUGAGGCUAAUUCUUCCUUUUUAAAUAAAUGAAGACAAUGACCAUCUCUCAUUCCAGUCCUUCCCCUCCUCAUCUUCUCCAGGCUAAAUAAUCCCCAGUUCCUUCAACCAGUCCUCAUGUCAUAGCUUCUAGGCCUCUCCUCAGUUUGAUCUCAGGAUGAAAAGGACAAUAUUUAAACUAAUAAUCAUUGUUGAGCUAGAAUUUAAGAGUUUUAAGAAUUCAAAUUAGGUGAAAAUGUAUAGGAGUUCUACUCCAAAAAUGGUCCUGUGUUUCUAAUAAUGACUAAGGAAAUAAAUUAUGAUGUUUGAAUAAAGGGAAUAUGUGGAAUUCUGAUAACUUUCCCCAACUUUGGAUUGUUUUCACUCCCAUUACUUCAGCCGUUCAGGUGGCACAGUAGAUAGAAUAUCAGUCUUAGAGUCAGAAAGGCUUGAGUUCAAAUCCAGACUUGGACAUCUGAGUGAACAUGUGAGAGUCCCUUAACCUCAGCCUUUGUCUCCUCAUGUAUAAAAUGGAAGGGAUAAACAUUUAUGUAGUUAAUACUGAGUGUUUCCUAUGUGUCAGGUACUAUGCUGAGCAUGUGGGGUACAAGCAUGAGCAGAAAGGAUGGCCCUUGGCCUCCAGGAGCUUGUAGGAGUUCAAAAAGGAAGUGGGAGAUGGAGGGAACUGAACAGACUUUGGCUUUGAAGUCCAGGGAAAAUGUCAGGAAUAAGGCUGGAAGGGAGCUGAGGGCAAGCCAGCUUGGGCCUCUUCACACUGUGGAGUCUCUACAAGCAAUUUAGCAAUGGGAAGAAAGGGGCAGACCAAGCUGCAAGUAUGGUAAACUUUCCCAGGCUGAGAGGCCCAGGAUGAACCAAUAGUAAGAAGGGGCAUGCUUUUAAAGUCCAGAGAAAGUCAGGAGCAGGGCCAGGAGGGGUAUGGAAGUGAUAAUAGCACCUGUCUCACAGUUGUGAGGACCAAGUGAGAGAACAUGUUAGGUGCUUUGCAAGCCUUAAAGCAUUGUAUAAAGUGCAAGCUAUUAUUAUGACUGUAAAUGUGUGGUUUAUGCAAAAACAAGUUGUGUAUUUUGUAGCAAUUAUAAGUGGAGAGUUGAUGGUUUUCUUUCCACUUAAUUUGUUGGUGAUCAUAGGCUUAUAUCUUCUCAUUUUUACAGACAAGGAAACUUGAAACCCAGAGCUUAAAUGAUUUGCGGGAGAUCACAGAUAGGGAAAGCUGGAGUUUGAAUCCAAUACUCUGACUCUAAAUUUAGCAGUACCUUUUACACUAUCCCCUGCUUACUCUUAAGAUAGCAAUUUGUCCAGUAUCUUUUAUAAAAGCUGCAAAGAGGGGCAGCUAAGUGAUAAAAGUAGAUAAAGCACCCAUUCAGGAGUAACUGAGUUCAAAUCUGGCCUCAGACACUUGACAAUUACUAGCUGUGUGACCCUGGGCAAGUCACUUAACCCUCAUCACCCGGCAAAAAAGAAAAAACCGCAAAGAACUCAGUAAAGAAUCCUUGGUUACAGGAAGGACCCACGACUAAAGCUUCAUCAGUCUAGUCACUGGUGCCGAACCCUAGCUAGAUAAACCACAGGGAGGAGGGGCCACCAAACCGGAAUCCCAGCUUGAAACAUUCUGUCCUAGAGGGGAGAAACAUUCAAUUCCUACCUGGACUAUUGAGUGACAUAGUAACAGUCCUGCCACCAGUUUAAUUUGUUUGAAGGAAUUAUAGUUGGUGUGAGGGGACAGGUUCAGAUUUCCUUCAAAGGAAGAAAUGUCAUUUUUACUUUCUUUGUUUAGCUCCAACUCUUAGAGCUUUUUGAUUAACAAAUUGGAUUAAAAUCUUUUCAAUCAUACCUGGGGGGUUUAUGUUUUCCAAAUAUGAAAACCCACCUUUUAACUGUGAAUAUAUCGUGCUUAUACUUGCUACAAAGAACAGAUAAAGUUUUCCUCUCAUCUUGUGUAGAGGAGUACCUGAAGAUAGUAAUCAUUGCCUUAAUUGGGUCUCCAUUUUUAUAGCGGUUGUUUGGUGUGAGUAGUGAUGUGUGUUUAUGUAUAUCUAUGUAUAUGUUGCAUAUGGGUGCAUGUGUUUACCUGUAAGUAAAAAAGUUUUUUGUUUUUUUUAAAAGCUCAGUAAGGAGAGGCAGUCAAAACUUUUUAUAGCAUGGUGCUUUGCACUUAGGUAUUCAAUAAAUAUUGAAUUAUAACCUCUUAAUGAACCUUUGGCUGUUUAUGAAAAUUUGAGCUUUACUAUGCUCCAAAAAAAAAGCAAGUCUGUUUUUUAAAAUUGAAAUAAAGUCCCUACCCUUCUUGCAUCCCAGACGUUACAUAUCAUUUUUCCAGCGUUUAUCAUUUCUUUGUACUUUUUUUUAAAUGGAAAAGAAUCAAAAAAAUUAGUUUUUUUAAUUUUUAGAGAACCAACAGUUCCCAGCACAUAGUUUAAUAAAUGUUUAUCGAUUUAGUGAUACAGAUGCUCCAUACAGCUUUUGCUAAUAGUUUGGAGAUGACAGAUUAAGUUGCCUAUUAUGGUGUAACAGUCAUACUCACAUUUACAUAGUUCUUUUUCUUAAAAGAGCCCUGAAGCCUGUGAAGCAGCUGGAUAUUUCAGAAGAAAAUUUAUGAAGAAACUUGUAUUUUUGAGUUUAUUAAGAUUCUUUUUUUUGGUAAGCCGGUUAUUACUAUUUAAAAUUGUAUUCCAUAUGUUGGAGCCAGGGUUAGGAUGUAGUGUAAAUCAUGGCCCAAAUGCCAAUAUGUGAAAGAGGGGAAGGCCUAUCCUGAAUGAAGAGCAGUAUAACCCAUUGUCAGAUCAAUUCCAUGAAAUCUUGGCAUGAUUACUUGGCUCCACAAUUUUCUCCAUUGUAUUCCUGCAUAAGUGCCUGGGGUUCAUGAUAGAGAUUCUGCUCAUGGAUUGCUGUUGCUAGAGAUAUAUUUGGAAAAAUAUAAAUGGCUAAAGAGCAGUGUCUGCCAUCACAUCAUGAAAAUACCUACAAGUUAUAUUUCUGGGAAUGUACUUUAAAAAAAAAAAAUUGUCCCUUUCUCCAAGGACCUUAAAUGGGUUAAAUAAGAAAGAUGUUUCUUGCGGCCUGUGGGAAACACCCCGGGGUUUUUGUACCCUGAUGUGGGAUACCAGGACUUAUUCAAGAGAUAGUGCCAAAUGUUAGAAUCCUAUUUUCACAGUGGUGGAACUAGCUUACAUGAAAAAUGCCCCCAGGACUAAAGCCCCUAAGACUAAGGCUAGAUUGAGGCAGCAUAGGCAACUUCUGCCAUGUUGUUAGAGGAAUGUUUCCACAUGGGUCUGGAUGUGUUUACCUGGCUUGUGGUGACUAGUUGUCACUUCCCUAGAAGCCCAUCUCUGUUGCAGGCAGGGAUCCUGACUAAAGUCCUCGUGUGCUCGAAAUCUUUAAGGGUUGGGAUCGGGGCAGAAGAAUGCCCUUCAAGCAAGCAUAGCAUCAGCAGGAGACAUUUAGCUCAGCUAUUCCAUAUUCCCUACAAGAAGUAAGAGAAAUGCUCUCCCCUUCCACAAACAAAAACCCAUACAUGUUUCAGAGAAAGGGAAAAAGGUUUGGGGGAAGACUUAUUCUACUCUGUAAUAGUACUUUAAGGCAAAGUGUCUUUUAAACUAUGAGUUGUGACCUUAUUUGGGGUCACAGAACUGAAUGUAGGGGUCGUGAAAAGUUCAGCUCCAGUAAGGUUAUGUAUAACUAUUUUAUAUACCUAUAUGUACCUGGAGUCACGUAAAAGUUUCUCGGGUGAAAAGGGUUGGCGAGUGGAAAAAGUUUAAGAAGCCUUGCUCUUAAGGAAGUUCCAAUGAACUUAGAAAAUGAGAGUAGGCCUAACAAGGGAGAGGGAAAAGCUGAAGAGCUAAGGAAACGAAGUUCAGUUCAAGUGCCACCUUUUUUGUGACUUUUAAAAAUCCCCCCAUUUGCUAGUGGCUCUUCUAUUACCUUUUAUUUAUUUUGUAUAUACUUACGUGUGUCUCCUUGGGUAGACUGUAAGUUAUUUGAGGAAGGGAACUUUAUUUCUCUGUAGGAUAGCAGUUAGCACAGUUAAAGGCACAUAAUAGACAUUAAAUUAAAUUGCUCCACAAGGCACUAUAGCUAGUGGCAGUCAUGACCAGCACCUCGGGUCCUACCUACUAUGGUUACCAUGACCCUGAAUUGGUCCCUUGGAUCCUCUCAGUGCCACAAGCAAUUAGGGCUGUAAGUUGCAAACAAUUGUUGAUCUCUCCUACGUUGGUAAAAUCUAAGGCCUAGACAAAAAGUAAAAAACCUCCAAAAUUUGAAACAAAAAGCCAAAACCCACCUCAUAAGGUGGUCCUAGUCCCUGGAACUGUAUGCUUUUGUUAUUACCACUCCCCCAUCCUCCCUCCACCCUCAUAGUACCUGGCAUGAUCUUAAGUACAUAGUGGUUCUCAAUGACAAGGCCAUUAAGCAUUAUGGCUUAAGACCAAAGAACAUGAAGUACUCUAGAGAUGCCACAUUUGUCCUCAAAAGAAAUUUUGAUUUGAAGACACAGUCCUGAAAGUGAAGUCGUUUGUCAAGUGUCUCUUCUACAGUGAUAGAGGAAGGAACAAACUGCAUAUUUUCAGACCUCUAGGUUAAUGCUUAUCUCAUGUCUUUGUUCUUGCCUAGUUAGUUGAUGUUCAAGACAAAAAAGCUUUAAAAUAAGACUUUGCAGUAACUAAACGUUUACUUCUUGGCUGGGGUCCAAGACAGUCCCAACUUAAUACUGGCUUCUACUCCGUAAAUGAUAGUACUUUAAGGAAGUUCCAGUGAAUUUAGAAAAUGGGGGUGGAACUAAAAAGGGAGAGAGGGGAAGGCUGAAGAGCCAAGAAAGAAAAGCAGUUAAAAGCAAACAUAUACUUUACAUUUUGCCAAAUUGCCUCUCAUUUAAACUAAAGGUAAGUUAGAUAAAACUAUAUCCAGUAAAAGAUUCAGAACUUUGGAAAACAGCUUCCUUGAAGAGCAUAUUCUUUGAAGGUUUUUUGGAAAAUGGGAAUGUUUGCUAGUUAGUUUAGGAACUUUGGGCCAAACUGUGACCUGUUAUAUUUACCUACUUACCUUUACUAUGCAUGCAGGCGAGGUGUGGUGGGUCAAAAAGAUUGGAAUUUCAUUAAAACAACACAAAGGAUUCUAUAUGAAACAGUUACUCCAUUUUAUGCCAUUUACUUCUUAAAUGAUAUAUUUGCUUAUUGAACUAUGCAUUUUUUGAAAUGUUAUGACUUUUGGGGUGUUACUAUUUCAAAUUUUUUAAAUUUGUGAAAUAAAACAAGCAUUUUCAUUAAAAAUUCAACAGAAUUUUUAAAAAUGAUUGCACUAUUGCUAAGCUUCCAACUCCUCAUUAAAAACCAAAAGGAGGAAAAAAAAAACCCUGAAAAAUAAGCAUAGUCAAGCAAACCGAAUCUGUACUGUAGCCAUGUUCAAAAAUUUGUUUCUAUGCCUUGUGUCCAUCAACCCUCAGGAGUUGGGUAGUUGGAGAUUGCAUUGAUCACAAUUUUUAAAUCUUUCAAGGUUUUUUCUUUCUAAUGUUUCUGGCCAUGUAGAAGUUCUUGCUUAGCUCACUUCUCUCUAUAUCAGUUUAUAUAACCUAAGAUUCUAUGAUAUUUCUUCCACAGUUUCUUGUGACACAAUCAUUCAUAUUCCAUAAUUUGUCUAGACAUUCCUCAGUUGUCUAAGAGACCAUUUUAGGCACCUCUUUAGAUUCUAGUUCUUUUCUUCUUACCACCCCUCUUCAGUUCACCCUUCAGGAUCAAGAAGUUCGUUUUGGGGCGGCUAGGUGGCGCAGUGGAUAAAGCACCGGCUCCGGAUUCAGGAGGACCUGAGUUCAAAUCUGGCCUCAGACACUUAACACUUACUAGCUGUGUGACCCUGGGCAAGUCACUUAACCCCCAUUGCCCUGAAAAAAAAUAAUAACAAAAAAAAGAAGUUCGUUUUGCUUGGGACUAUUUUCCCCUAAAUAUCUUCUUUCUUAAUCCACACCCCAAUUCAAAUCCUCCCCCUCUACACACACACACACACACACACACACACACACACCUCAUUGUUUCCUUGUUGAGUUUGUUAUAUUUCUAGAGCAGACUAUGUCUGUCCUUUGUCUAUUCCAGAUGAGUGGGAUUCAUCUGAUGCUGAUGCCCACUCCCCCAUCCCUUCCAUAUUUUUAUACUUAUGUACCCCAGUUGUAAGAAAUUGAAAAAGUUCCACCACUUUCCUCCCUUCUACACUUGUGUUCCUCCUUUUAUCAUCCCAACUCUUUACUCUCUCUUCUUUUCUCUAAUAAUAAACAGUUUGGAGUUCAAAAUUUUAUCCCUCCUUCCCUCCCCUCUAUCCCCCCUCCCUAAGGUGGUAAGCAAUCAGAUGUGGGUUUACACAUGUACAAUUAUGUAAAAC